UGGCGGAGCGAAGAAGUUUUUACGUGAACGUGACGAACGAUUUGUAAACCGCGCAGAAGUGCUUGAAACUCGUGUUUAUUUUUCGUGAAGAAAAAUCUAAAAAUAAGGUGCAAAUACAGGUGGAAAAGUGCUUAAAUAGCGGAGACUUCAUUCGACAGUGCCUGUCACCUGUUAAAUUAAAGGGCACCAUCGAAGAAACGUGAAAUGAACUAAUUGUUCAGAAAGUGGUGUUAUUUUUCUAUAAACGCUAAACUGAUUUCGCUCUGUGCUCUGUACAGAUACAGCAUUCCCACUUUGCAAGCUUUCAUUAGAGAGAAAAGAAUAUAAACAAUAACAUCUUCGGGAGGUUCCAUUGCAUUGGUGGUAGUCACAGUAGUUCAGUUCAGUUCACCGCAGAAACACUUGUGAAAAAACACGUUUGCAGUACGGUAGCGACUUGAAGAGGAUAAAGACGCAACUAUCGUUGAAAAUCAGUGAGAAUCAAGUGAAUAUUAUUGGUGCAAAGAGUUGUAUCACAUUGAGGACAAAGCGGGAAAAAGACACCGGAGAAGAAAAAAAAACCAACAGUCCAAAAACUGCAACCCAUCGGCGAAGGAAAAACCUCAUCAUCGGGCGAUAUACCAUUCGGAAAUUGGAGUAUCGAUCUUUUCGAGCCGCCGAACGUCGAACGGGGAACAACGGUGCGGGGCGCGCGCGAUUCUCCUACGUGUAUUGUAAAGGCAGUAAAGAGUAAAAACACGUUCCCGAGAGUGCUUCAAAACCUUAAACAUCGACAUCCGAGCCAGGAGGACAGCAGUGUCUCUGUGUAUAAGUGAGCAGCAGUGAGUGAGUGCGCGUUGUGUUUCUUCACACCGAAUGUUUAUCUGGAAAUUGUUGUUUCCCUAACUAUACUACACCGUCAUCGUCGUGUUACUGGUACUAAAACUGGAAGUUAACUGUCUUUCUCCGUGGAUUCGCAAGUGUUUUUUUCUGCAAGAGUGUGUCGUCGGGGUUUCAUUUUGCGGGUUUAACAAUCGAAAUCAUUCUUUGCGGCCCCCGGACAUCGUUAAUGGUCAUGUCAGUUUGAAUCCCGCUCAUCAUCAGCAAAAACACCAGAACAUAUCCAACCGAACCAUCAGUGAGUUAUGUCCAGUGGCAACACGAAGUUUCAUAUGCCGCAGCCUCUCCUUAAGCAGGACGCCCAUAAAGAACAUCAGUCAGCUACGGUCGGCAGCACCACCGGUGGAGGAACCAUAAUCGGAACCGGCCCGAACAAAGUGGUCAAAGUUUUCCAAAAUCAAGUACAAUACAUCGUGGCCAAAGGAACGACUGCAAUCAACAGCGAAAACAAUGGCACCACAGCUGGAGCUGUGAAGAAUUUGUCCACCCCCGCAGAUUAUGUUUCAAGCAGUGGAACCACAGAGAUGGCCGACACUGAGGUGAAAGUAGUUAUCAAACAGCAGGCAGCCACCGGAGCAGUCGAUUCCGAUUUGAUCGACCAACACGAGCAAAGUAUUAUCUCCGCCGUUUACCAGCCAAAGAAUGGUAAUAAUCGGUUGUCCUCCCAGCGAUCGUCCCCAGUAUCUACUCCCUCACCGCCUCCUCAAUCCGCAGCGGGAUCUACUGCCGCUGGAACGGUGGCAACGGCGAACCUGAAACUAAGCAACGGUGCAGCGGCCAAAAUGAGUGCGCCAACCGUAGUAACGACGCCGGCGACGGCUCCUACCGUCACCGCCGCUUCCGGCAACAACAGCUCACCAAAUACGGCCAAUUUCCACAACUUUAUCGGCCGGCUUAUCAGCAAGGACAACAUGCUCCUGAUCAGCGAGGACAUAAUCGAGGUGGGCCGGAACUCGUCCAAGUCACAAGUGGACUUCCACGUGGGCAAGAACAGUUUCGUCUCGCGGAAACAUUUCAUCAUCCAACACGACAUGAACGAUGAGUUCAAUUUAUUCUGCUUAAGCAAGAACGGGGUCUUCAUUGAUAAUGUGUUCCACCGGAAGUGCGCCGAGCCGUACAAGUUGCCAAAGGUUUGUAGCAUCCGAUUCCCAAGUACAAAUAUCAAGAUUCAGUUUGAGAAUCUGAUCGAUCAAGCCAACAACGGGGGCAUUUCGAUCGACCUAAAUCAGCACACACCGAUUAAAGUGGGAACUGGAUCGAGUGGCAGUGCAGCAGCGGCGGCGGCAGCAAUAGCCGCGGUUGGAGGCAAUCUCAGCGUGGGUGGCACAACUAUUCCUGCCGGCGACAAAUCCCCUUCGUCGAAUGUUGUCUACUCUCCACUCAAGAUCUCCAUUCCGGAGCAAAGUGGUGCGGCCAAUCCUAACCUGGCGGUGGAGAUCCGUGGGCACUAUGUCGGAAGCAGCGGCGGCGGAGGAGGUGGUCGAGAUAGCAGCAUGCACAUCAGCGGUAGUGGUUACCCGUCUCCCACCGGCACCAUCAGCGCAGCGAACAGUUGCCCCACAAGCCCUCGGCAGAACACGCACGAGUUCCCACAGUAUAGUCACAAUAGUCAUAGUAGUAACAACAAUAAUUAUGUCGAAUUCCAAGCACCCGCAUCUCAGUCCAUAGUUGAAGGUGAUAAGCCACCGUACAGCUACGCACAGCUGAUAGUACAAGCUAUCUCGGCGUCACCGGAGAAGCAGCUCACACUGUCCGGCAUAUACUCGUUCAUAUCGAAAAAUUAUCCCUACUACCGAACGGGAGCCAACAAGGGCUGGCAGAACUCUAUCCGCCACAAUCUCAGCUUGAACCGAUACUUUAUCAAGGUGCCACGAUCCCAGGACGAACCGGGCAAGGGUAGCUUCUGGCGGAUAGAUCCGUCCAGCGAGCUGAAAUUGAUCGAUCAAAGCUACCGCAAGCGGCGCCAGCGGGGAUCGCAGUGUUUCCGGACGCCGUUCGGAAUGCCCCGGUCGGCGCCGGUUUCGCCAAGCUACGUGGACAACAACUCGCGGGAGGGUUCGCCCGUCAACGACGAGCUGAUGCUGUCGGCACCGGGCUCGCCCGGUCAGAACAACAGCGGCAACGUCAGCUACAGCUCGACCAAUCAUGAUGGUUCCCUGAACUCGUCCUACCAGAAUCAGUAUAACGCGUACGCAAGUGGCGCCGAUCAGCAUAGCGUCGAGGUGUACGAUGAAGACGACGCUAUCGAGUACGACAGUGAUGAGUAUGACGCACCAACGGAAGUCAAACGUCAGAAGAUCUAAUGCCGCAGCACGCCAACUACAGUGCCGCCAACGUCGCAGUGGCAGUCUCAUUCUCACCCGGAGGCGAGUCUUUAAUUCAACCUAUCCGACAAGUGUCGGAAAGGAAUCAUAUGAAAACAAUUGCACAUAAGGGAAGAAGUCAUCGACUUCGUCUAAUUGUUACUCAGAACACAUUUUGUCACCUACACUAACACAUCUACACCACAGAAAGCAACCACACAAUUUAACGUUCUUGAUGGUCUUAUUCACGUUCGUUGUCGGUUUGUGAAUCAUCUAUCUGGAAGCAAAAUCUGAAUGAAUCGCAAACCACUUUCUCCUUUUAUCAGUGUAAGAACACAAAUAUACACACACAUACAAAUAGAAUAAAAAACCAACAGUCAAGUGAUGUUUUACCACUGGAGAAAAUCUUUUACGAUCUUACAUUAUUGCACAUACAUUUUCAGUAACUGAAAAAAGCGUUCGUGGACCUACAUCCCGACUGCAUUGAUACAUUACUCCACCUUAGGAAGAUGAACAUCUUGAGCAGGUCCUUAAACCGUAUUUGAUGGUUUACAUAUUAGGGCCGAUUAAACGGUAGGUGGAAAACCGUUUCGCCACACGACGCUACUUGUGUGGCGCCGCAGACAAGUGAAUCAACAAUAUUAAAAUUUAUAAUCUAUGAUCUAUAAAACAAAGGACAGCGCUAAAUGGAAAAAAAUGAAAAGGAAGUACAUUUAAAACUCUAGUUAUUAAUGAAUGUGAGCAAGAAAAUCUAUACAAAUUUAAAGGUAAACUAAUUUAAACAAAACUCUAAGUGAAUGAGAUAAACAAGUAUUUAGUGUUUAGUGAAA